ACUGCUAAUAGAGAGAAAAGACCCCUAAUUUGAGCAGAACAGCGAGUUUCAGUGAAUACAUUUGAAGGCGCAAUAAGGCAAAGUUCACGGACAAAAAAAGGCGGCGCAAAAGAAAAGAGAAAAAGAGAAAGGAGGAGAGAGAGUGCGUUUCUUUCGGUUAAUUACUCACGCCCUACCUACCUGGGCCUGCUGCUUCUACAAGGUAACGCAAGCAAGAGAAGCAACAACGGCAGCAUCGACCACAGUAAUAGUGAGGUAAAUUGGAAAAAGGGACAAACAGCGACAGUACGGAAGAGUUGCUGCCGAAGUGUACCGGUGACGGUGUAUGUGGUACGAGCUAGAGGUGUGCUCCUGUCGCUUCAGGCUCAGCGCCCCCCCCGAUUGUGCCCUCCGUUUCCCUAUUGGUCACCACAUGGCAACGCUGGACUUCUCCGCCAGCACUUUGUCAGCUUUUUAAAAGAGAGAAACAUGUUCAAGAACGAAUUCCAGGGUGGCGCUGUUGUGGACAUCUUCAGCGCGCAGGGCAGAGACCCCCUGGCCAAGUGGAAGCUGCGUGGGGGGCCGUCGGCAGUCUGUAAAAACUUUGACAAGACAAUGAAGGGAUUUGUAUACAUCCUGCAGGGCAGCAGCCAGACAAAUAAAAUGCAAAUGCCAAAGGAUAACAAAAUGGCCCUUGGGCUCAUCCAGAGGUUCCUUGUACUUCAAGUGUACAUACCACUCGGGAAAGAUUUCUCUACAGAACUGAUGGUUACAGAUUUAGGAAACCUUAAAAGAAGAUUGUAUCUCUCCACCGUUCACAAGGAAUUCUGUGCAACUCCUUUGCAUGCCAGAAUACCUCUCUCCAGUCUCAGGCGCAGCAUUUGGUGUAACAUGUGCAUCGACCUUGUGUCAUUUACUGGCGAGGUAUUCAAGGGUGCUGCCUUCCUUUCCUUGGAUGGAAUCGCCAUUUCUGCCAGCUGCCGACUCAGAAGAAUCUUCACAAUGAAGCAGUCGCCCAUGGAAGCCUUCAGGGAAGAUUCUCACAUUUGUGGUAAUAAUUUGGUGGACGUGAUUCCAAGGAGUUUUCAGUUUCCAUCAGAUGUGCAGCAUGUCACACAACUAGUGAACAUGGAGUUUCUGAGGCUGGUGGAGAUCAAGUCCUUUAGUCCCUCAUCUUCAGAUUGUGAGCAAUCGCACAGUGCAAGGACAAGCAGCACACGUGGAGCCAAGAGGCAGGACGUGAUGCAUAUUGCCUUUGGGUCCAAGGUGCAGGGACCUCCACCGCCCACAGGAAGGAAAAACAGCACGUCCAGCGUCUCGGAGGGGUCUGGUUCAAACACCAAAACAAGUGGUCGAAGCGGUCCAGCAAGGAGCACCAGUGAAGACUCGAUGGAGGAUCUCGGGCUUCAUUCUGGCCCAGUUCCCAUUGCACGGCUAGAUCUUGUAUCACAGACGUGUCCAGAGAGCAGAUCACCGUUCCAGGGUCUUCCAAGUACAGGAAACAACAGGCCCCUGCAGCCACAUCCCCCAGCAGACAAGAUGUCCACGGCAAGAGCUGGCACCAGGAAACUGCGAGCCUACAGCGCAGGGAGAGAGAAGCCUGUCCUGACAGAAGCUGCUCCGGUCUGCAGUACGAAGGGGGGCGGUGAACCUGAAGGCGCAGCUGAUUCCGCUGCAUGGAGCACGAACAUCACCGGCGACUGGGCCACUGACGAAACUGAAGGGCAAUCCAGGCGUGAUCAUAGCACAGAUAUGUCGGGUUUACCUGACAGUCUUGUGGACUGUGUUAGUCGGAGUUCAGAAAUGGAUCCUCAGCUCCAUCAGCCAUCUGCUGGUGACUCACUCUCCCCACGGGAUGGUGACCAAGAUGAGGAGGCGGAGCCUGAGCUCAACCUCAGUGAUUUCUUCACCUUCUCUUCACGACCACACUAUGCUAAACAUUUGCUGGGCCACAAUCAUGUUCCAGAGAUCACCAUGUGCUCCUCUGAGUGGAGGAGUGAUGAGGGCAGAGUCCAAAGAGGGGCACGGAUGGAGGAUGACUUCAUUGCCAGUGGAAGUGACGAGGAUGAAGCCUACUCAGGAUUUUAUAGUCAGAGACCUGGUGUUCAGUCAAACUCAGGUGGCGCAUCUUCAUUGGCUCCUGCUGAAGAUGAUGGAGAUGAUGGACACAAUGAAGAUGGCACAUUCAGCAAAUUAUGUCCUGAAAAUCAAGUAGAACCAUCACCAGCCAAUACAGUGAUGGCGUACAUAAGCGGGAACUCGGACCCAGGAAAAAAUAUCACAAGUCUGCCCCAGCAGGCCAACAUGGUACCAGUCCGUAGUCUCUCUCCGAGUAGAAACAGGCUGGGACACAGCCUUGAGAAUGGAGUUUGGAGUGGCUUCCACGGUGCCUGCAGCAGGACUUCACUCAGCAGGACCUCACUCAGAGAGAUCCUGGCGUCCGACUGCAUGCGACACGUUGAACACACAACAGGUGAAGAAAACAAAGCCCUGUCAAUCAGAACAGGUAGUUCUGAGAUGUGUAAUCUGAAUAGUCUCAGAAUGCAAGAGGAAGAGGAGGAGCUGCAAAUGCUGGCAAGUCUCCGCAGGCAACAGGAAGAUGAGGAGCUGCAGGUGGGCAGUCACACUGCUGGCCUCAGCGCAUCUCAGAUCCACAAGUGCAACGUGAGCAUGAGCACUAGCAGUGACGACACUUCCACCUGGAACCCCAGCCUCCACAUGCCACCUAAUCAAGGACAUCAUUAUCAGACAGAAAUGGACCCGCUCCUUCAUUCCAAUCCACGGGACUGGUUGGAUGUGUUUAGCCCUCCCAUAGUGCCUCCCAGUGAGCAAAUGAGAGGAAAAGGCAAAGGUGAUGACGGCAGCGACAACAUGAAAGGUGGUGAAGUGAUGACAAACAAAACAGAGGUGGAAGAUGAGUUCCUCACUUUGCUGUAUGACCCUUGCCUUAACUGCUACUUUGAUCCCGAGACAGGAAAGUAUUAUGAGUUGGCUUAAGUCAAAUAGUUCUCAAUAAUAGCAUGAUUACGCUUGACACGUGAUACAUACUGUAUCAUAUGGUAAUGUACCAGUAAUUUACUGUGUUAAGAAUCUUCACCAUUGUUUACAUGGUGCCACACUGGCUCCUCAUGUUAUAAAAAAAAGUUGUUACCAGUUUCCAAGAAAUGAUAGCAUUUUCCAACUUAAUUCAUUUUAAUAGCAUUUUCCUCACCUUGAAAAUGUAUAUAUUUUGC